AUGGCGACAAGAGCCACCCGCAGCUCUCGAUUCGUUCCGAACAUUCCCUCGUGUGAUCAAUCGCCAAAGCCGAAAGUAUCAAUUAACCGUUCGGGCAGUCCCCCGGCGCAUACGUCAAAACCUUCUGAACCUGCACCACCUAAUCCUAAUAUCAACAUUAAAACCAACGGCUCCCAGGCUGUGGGAACGUUCAGUGGAGCUGACGGUGGUGCGGGAGUAUCAAAAAUAGGACAUACGAAAAAAGUUAUGGUAGAUAAAGGGAAGGCUGAAAUCUUACAACGUGGUACGAAAAGGAAAGCGACGGUAUCGAACUCAGAAGAAGAACGCUCUAGUGAGGAAGAAGUUGAAGCAGAAUACAAAGUCAAAGCGGAAAAGCGGCCGAAAAAGAACAAAGUAAAGGAGGAGGCCACGAUAGAAAUGAACCCACUAGCAUCUCGAACUACAAAUCUGCGAAUGUUUGUUGGAGCUCAUAUUAGCGCCGCAAAAGGGGUUCAAAAUGCUGUUACAAACAGCCUUUACAUCGGGCACGUUCUUCCUCAUGGCUCCUAUUUGGUGAAUCUGGCGCAAGAAGACCCAACAAAAGCAAAGCAGGCAUACGAUUCUUUUCUUGAUGAUCUGAAACGCUGUGAAGAGCUUGGCAUCAAGCUCUAUAAUUUCCACCCGGGCGCAACCAACAAAGCCUCCCUAGAGUCUUCAUUAUCACGAUUGGCGCAAGCUCUCGUUUCCGCUCUCAAAGCCACGACGACAGUUGUUCCAGUCCUCGAAACUAUGUGUGGUCAUGGUACCACGAUAGGAGGGCCAUUAUCACACUUCAAAUCACUCCUUGCUCUCAUUCCAGACACUUACCGUUCUCGCAUUGGUAUAUGCGUGGACACUUGCCACAGUUUCGCUGCUGGAUACGACCUCCGUAGCCCCAGCAGCUGGAAUAAUUUCAUGGAAGAAUUUGACAAAGAAGUAGGCUUGCAGUACCUACGAGCUUUCCACCUGAACGACUCCAAAACCCCAUUGGGUAGCCGACGAGAUUUACACGCAAAUAUAGGAACUGGGUUUCUCGGUCUGAGGGCUUUUCAUAAUUUAAUGAAUGACAAGAGAUUAGAAGGCAUUCCGAUGAUCUUAGAAACACCUAUUGACCGACCUGCGAAAUCGGAGGCGGAGAUGGCUACUGGGAAACCAGACGACGAGAACGGCGUUUGUAAGGGCGAUCACUCGAACGAAACGGAUUCCAAGAAAAUAAAUACCUCUGCCAAAAAAGGCUCAACUAAGAAGGCAAAACCAGGCAAGCCGGUUAUGAUUGAGGAUAAGUCUAUAUGGGCGAAGGAGAUCAAGCUUCUCGAAUCGCUUAUUGGCAUGGAUACUGAAAGCCACGAAUUUCUCAGACUGGAGGCGGAAUUGGCGGAGCAGGGGAAGGAAGAAAGAGAGAAACAUCAGACAAUGUUUGAUAAGAAGCAAGAGAAGGAAUCGAAGCAAAGGGAUCUACGGGAUAUGUUUUCCACAAAUAGUAAAGUGAAGGGGAAGUCUAAAUCUGGCACAACUGGGGCAGGAAAAAGGAAGAAGUCAAAAGAGGACAACACUGAUUAUUCAGACUGA